AUGAGGAGACAGGUGCAGUCGAUCACUGUCCACCAGAACUACGCGGCACACAAGCACGAGGCUGAUGUGGCAGUGGUGAAGCUGGCCAGCCCUGUUGCCUUCUCCAGCCAGGUACGCAGGGUCUGCCUGCCCAACGCCACCCUCGAGGUACCCCCGAAGAGUAAAGUGUUUGUCACCGGAUGGGGUGCAUUGAAAGCAAACGGUCCUUUUCCCAAUACACUGCGAGAAGUUGAGGUGGAGAUUCUAAAUAACAGUGUUUGUAAUCGAGUCAACGUGUAUGGUGGUGCUGUGACAUCAGGGAUGAUUUGUGCCGGAUUCUUGACAGGGAAGCUGGAUGCCUGUGAGGGUGAUUCUGGAGGCCCCUUGGUCAUUGCACGGGAUGGAGGCAUCUGGUAUCUUAUUGGGAUAACUUGGGGCCAAAAUAUGGAGUACUAUCACGGAACCUUUAAAAUCUCAAAUCUACGAGUCAAUAGCAACUCUAGGCAAAGCAACACAUACCAACUUAAGGACUUACGGGAGAUGAGUGAAAGUUUGGUGGAUGAGACAUUUAUAGACUCAGCCUUAAACAAGCACUAUAUCAAGACCCGUGUGGUCAGACUGACUCCAGAGGAAGAUGGUGUGAGAGCUGAUGUCAUCAUGGUGUUCCAGUUCUCUCCUGAGCAAAGGGCAGUGAGAGAGAAGAAAAUCUAUAGCCUCUUAAACCAGAAGAUAAGAAAUACAAGAGCCUUGUCAAUAAGUGCCUCAUCCGUUCAGGUUAAUGCAAUGAGCUCAUCAACAGGGAAACUAACUGUCCAAGCAUGUUGUGGCAAACGAGUUGCUCCAUUAACAGUCAACAGGAUAAUGUCUGGAGACAUUGCAGCCAAGGCUGCCUGGCCCUGGCAGGCCUCCCUCCAGCGAGACAAGGUGCACCAGUGUGGGGCCACCCUCAUCAGCAGCACAUGGCUUGUUACCGCCGCACACUGCUUCAAGAGUAACAGGAAUCCACGUCAAUGGACUGUUAGUUUUGGAACAACAAUUGACCCUCCCUUAAUGAAAAGAAACAUCAGAAGAAUCAUCUUGCACGAGCAGUAUCACUCCCCAGGGAGGGAACACGACAUUGCCCUGGUGCAGUUCUCUCCCCGGGUCACCUUUUCAGAUGAUGUCCGCCGGAUUUGUUUGCCAGAAGUCUCUGCAUCCUUCCCACCAAAUUCAACAGUCUACAUCACGGGAUUCGGAGCACUUUACUAUGGUGGAGAAUCCCAAAAUGAUCUCCGAGAAGCCAAACUGAAAAUGAUAAGUAAUGAUGUGUGCAAGCAGCCGCAGGUUUACGGCAAUGACAUAAAACUCGGCAUGUUUUGUGCUGGAUAUCUGGAAGGAAUUUAUGAUGCCUGCAGGGGUGAUUCUGGGGGACCGUUAGUUGCAAAGGACCUUAAAGACACGUGGUAUCUCAUCGGCAUUGUGAGCUGGGGUGACAACUGUGGUCAAAAGAACAAGCCUGGAGUGUACACACAAGUGACAUAUUACCGGGAGUGGAUCGCUUCCAAAACAGGCCUCUAA